AUGGUGUUUCACGUCAAGCUCGAUUACGCGCACACCAAUCUGAAAGUAACGCCUCCGUCAACGGUUGUUGAACCCAUUAUGUUCCUGAGUCGUCUCCUGACUCCGGCGGAGAAACAUUACUGGGAAACCGAACUGGAGGUGUCGUGCAUCGUAUGGGUCGUCCGCAAGAUCCGUCAUAUGAUCGAGGCGGCACUGGAAAACCUGUCGCCCGUUCGAGUCAUCGAUUCGAAGGACAACCCUACAGAUGCUUUAACAGAGACAUUACUAAAGGUGCAUUUUGUGGUGAAGAAGCUAAAUUCUUGA